AUGGCGAAACGACCAAGCAAGAAGACUCCUCGUCAAGGAACGACGUCUACCUCGAUGGCUCUCACCUGGACAGGAUCGUUUAUGUCGCUUGCUAGUAUCAUCAUCGCCCUCUUUGGCUUGGAUCUUGCCAGAGUGGCUUGCCAGUCUGCUCUUCAUCCGCUGUUUGGAUCGAUUGGAUCAAAUCAUAAUUUCGAACGAUCGGUCCAAAUCAUCGAUUUCUUGCUCGCCCCCCUUGCCAAUUUCUUGCUCCCCGUCCUGGUCCCGAAUACGACAACAGCCAGCUUCCUAGCAGCCUUCUUGGUCUGGAAAGCCCCGCACACCUUCGGACGGUUGCUUUCAAAGCAUUCAGGAAAACUCGGUGUUGUCCGGGGUCCACAUAUCUUUCAGCUUCUAGCUUAUUGGCCGAUCAGGCUGACUGGGAUGGCUGCUGGACAUGCGGCUGCUAUAAACCUUACAAAACAAUACACAUCGCAACUGGGCACACAACGCAAUGGAGUGAUCGAGAUCAUUUGCCAUGUCUCACUCCCUUGGGCUCUCCAUGGACUCACUGGGGCGAUGAUUCCAUGGGCCAAUCAGGCACUGAACCAUUUUCCACCCUGCCGAAUUUUCAACCUGGCUCCCGCAUUGUUACUGGCCAUCGUGGUCGUAGGCGCGCUCCUUGAAUUAUCCAGACCGCAACGAUCAAUCACCCUCAAGAAAGUCGACGCGAGCAUCAUUUUGAUGUGCCUUUUCAGUUCGCUCUUACUUCCAUUGCCAAAACAGCUAUGUCGAGAGUCUGACGAACGAAAGACAAUAUCGACGAGCCACGCCGACUACCUGCCCUUGGCCAGAAGGCUAUCUGCAACAGGCAUGGUCCUUGUAGGAGAGUUGACUCAAGAGAACGGUUCACAAUUCAGGUUCAUGAGGUGUGAUCAUUCGUUACUGGGCGGAAUUUGGAUCGGAUUGGCUAGACAGAAUAUAUUAAAACGCUCAGCUGCUACGCACACGCUGACUGCAGAUCAACUCGAGAUCCAAGCGAUCCAGGAAGCAGAAUCAAUCUACCCUACAUUUAUCCUUCAAAGCGCGGUCAGACUGGUUGAAAGAUCGGAUCAAAAUCUUACUACAAGCCAAGGUAAAAAACUGAAAGCACUUUUGCUGGGAGUGGGGGUUGGUGUUUCAGCUCGAGUUCUAAUGAAAGAUGAAGUGGUUGUAACAGUUGUGGAAAUCGAUCCUAUGGUGUACGAAUACGCCCAGAAGUAUUUUGGAUUCCCCACGCCAGAUGGCGGGAUCUUUCUUGAGGACGCUAGGGUUUAUCUUGAUCGACAAGACGCCGGGGGCGAUGGAGAUUUCGACUAUAUCAUACAUGAUGUCUUUACGGGUGGAUCGGUUCCAUCAUCUCUAUUCACGUUAGAAUGUUGGCGGGCGAUUCGAGCAAAGUUAAAGGUUGACGGAGUGCUGGCGGUGAACUUCGUCGGCCGACCCUUGUCCGAGGCUGCUUCAUUCGUCCUCACGACCUUAUUCGAAAUAUUCCCAUUUUGUCGCGCUUUUUCUGAAGAUUCUGGCGUCCCGAUAUCCGACUCCGAUUACCAAAACAUGGUAAUAUUCUGUUCACCCACCAGCAAACCCAGCUUCAAGAAACCAAUGGAUACAGAAGGCUUUGAGCCGAGUGCAUAUCAAUCUCAAGUUCUCAAUUCAUUUGAAAAGCACGAAAUCGAUCUCGGAAAACUUCCCCCUCAUCAACAUCGACAAGAAAAUCAAGAUCAAGGGAAAAAACCGAGUGAAUCGUUUAUCUUAACAGACCUGAAUAUGGCACAGCUCGAUCGUGCUCAAGUUCAGAACGGACUGUUUCAUUGGGAAAUCAUGAGGAAGAUUCUUCCAAAUGAGCUUUGGGAGAAUUAUUAUUGA